AUGAUCUCCAGACUACUGGACGCAGGAUACUCUGGUAGGAUCUCCAAGGGGAUCUGUUUGAAGAACAGCGAGAUCUUAUACAUCUGCCAGUGUGCACGAGAAGUUUUCUUAUCACAGCCCACGCUCAUUGAGUUGAAUGCGCCUGUCAAGAUCGUUGGUGAUUACGUGGAUCGAGGCAAGAUGAGUUUGGAGACCAUUUUGCUGUUAUUCUGUUACAAGAUCAAGUAUCCGGAGAAUUUUUUCCUGUUGAGAGGCAAUCAUGAAUGUGCCAAUGUGACAAGAGUGUAUGGAUUCUAUGACGAAUGCAAGCGCAGGGCUAGCAUUAAGAUGUGGAGGGCAUUCGUGGAUGUGUUCAACUGCCUGCCCUUGGCCGCUAUUGUUGCCAAUAAGAUUUUUUGUGAUGACAUCCGGGCGAUCCGACGCCCUACAGACGUACCAGAUUUUGGAUUGCUGAAUAUCUAUUGUGCGGCGGACUGGGAAGAUAACGAGCGUGGUGUUUCAUAUUGCUUUGGACGGAGUAUCAUCCAAAAGUUUUUGAAUCGUCACGAUUUUGAUCUAGUAUGUCGAGCGCACAUGGUAGUGGAGGAUGGAUAUGAGUUCUUUAAUGACCGGACACUGGUUACUGUCUUUUCGGCACCCAACUAUUGUGGCGAAUUCGAUAACUACGGAGCUGUGAUGAGCGUGAACGAAGAUCUGCUGUGUAGUUUCGAGCUGUUGAAGCCAAUUGAUCCAGAAACAGCACGAGCACAGAUGCAGAGCCUUGCAGCAAAAGCUUGUGCACCAUAG